AGGACAACGUUGCCUUGGUAACGGGAAAAUAGUUCCGAUCCAAAAUGGCGGUCAACGUUGUCAUUCCUCUUCUUAUUCCUCUAGAGGAAAAUCUACAUAACACAACUCGUCUCCUUCCCGGGGCUGGAGGACCCAUUCAGUUUUCGGAGCCAAGAUACUGCGCUCUUCUGCCCGAAGAUGCUCCUCCUGCUGUCACAGUGGCGAAAGUAACGGCAGUCCACAAAGAAGGUGUUCGAGUUCGGUAUCGUAUUACUGGGGGCAAUAGAGACGGCCUUUUCACCAUCAACAGGAGAUCCGGACUUAUAACGUUAGCAGCACCGCUGGAUUUUGAGCUUCAUCCUAAGCAUGAGCUGGUGGUCGCUGCUGAAGCAGGUGGCAAGAUCGUGCAUACCAUCGUUCAGGUGACGGUGGCUGACGUCAAUGACAAUCCCCCUCAGUUUCUCGAGAGUGACCUAACUGUUUCAGUCGUCGAGGAGGACGACACAGGAUUACCAGCUGCUAUUCUCAAGAUUGCAGCUCAUGAUGAUGACAUUGUUGACCAAGGACGCCUCGUCUAUAGUGUUGGAGGGGAUGGCGUCGAUGGUUAUGGAGCAAGGGACGCCUACUUCACCAUCAAUCCACACACAGGGGAACUAAUACAACUCAGAGCCUUGGAUCGAGAUCCGCCCAGGGGACGAGAAAUCUGGCGAGUUAAGGUCCAAGUCGCAGACGGCCAGCUUGCGAGAUCAUCAUCGCCAUCGUCUAGGACUUCUUAUCCAAGCUCAAGAAGAAGGUAUCCUCGAGUACCUCAGUUUCCGCAAUUGCCUCCAGUAAAGUCGUCGGUUGGCCAUGAAAUUCCGACUCCAUUCUUCACUGAGAGAAAGGAAGACGUCAUAAAUCAUCAAAGUGAAGAGCCUUCAGUUGCUCAAUUAAGUAAUCACCAGAAUAGAAGACCCUCAAAAAGGAGGCAAAAGCUCAAAAACGUAUACAAUAACAGCCAAGUUGAUGAAUCUGGGAGAAUAAAAGAGUUGCCACCUCAGAAUAGACCCAUUAUGAUAGAAGGUAAGCUUGCAAAUGUUACUUCAAGUCAAACAGAUCACAACCUUCCAUUCAGAGAUACAUCUUUUAAUGACAGAAGUACAAGCAUCGACAGUCUUGAAGAAGGAAUGCUUAUUUCACAAGAAACAAAUACAUCGGAUGAAGAAAGUGAAAGGAGGCUUUCAUCGCCCAGUAUACUCAAUAAGAACAUCCUCCUCAAUUCCAACUCAAACUCGUCGCCAAAAAAGCACUCAGGAAAGAAUAAUCUUGCUAUGAAGAAUCAUUUUCAAAACACAACGAUUCUCACUAAAAAAGACUUGUUCUCAUCACUACAACAAUCAUCUCAAUAUGUGACUGAAGACGGUGAGGGUGACCCACGGAGGAGAAAGAGCAGGAAAGGCAGGACACCAGUGAAUGGUAUAGCCUCUUUAAACACUUCAUUAGAAGUUUCAUCCACCCCGUCAAGUAGUUUAAUAGAGGAGAAUAAUGAACUUUUGACCCAAGAACACCCACAGUCUGUAGCAAUAGAUACGGUGAAAAUAGCGCCCAAAAGAAUCGUAAAAAGACUUGUCUCCAGCGAUGGAAGUGGGUGCCAAGAUUUUGGUGAUCAUCUGUUCGAAGGCAAUGAUAUUAAUUCCUUUCAGUAUCCCGACGGUAGUGAAUCAGUUCAAGGGUAUGGAACGUACGGAAUCGACCAUCAUGAGGGUGACGAAGGUCGUGUAAGAGGCCGCUCGGAAGUUCAUGUGGCGGAGACCGUAGUCACGGUGAUUGUAAAGGACAUCAAUGACAAUGCGCCGUCUUUUCCCAACGCCACGAUCUUCGGGGAAGUUCAGGAAAAUGGACCCAUCGAUUUAUCGGUGGCAGUUGUUUCUGCCUGGGAUGCCGACGAUGAGGCCGAAGGUACUAACGCCCUUAUCUCUUAUUCCAUUGAGAAGAACGUCAUAGAGGAACGGUCAGGUCAGGCCAUCUUCGCUGUACACCCAGAAACAGGCCUUGUUCGGACUGCCAUUUGCUGCCUCGAUAGGGAAACUACUCCGGAAUAUCAUAUCCAAGUAGUUGCUGUGGACGGCGGAGGUCUUAAAGGUACGGGAACAGUGGUGGUGAGACUGGCUGACGUUAACGACAACUCGCCUCGCCUAACUAGAGAAUUAUGGCAGGUUGAAGUGAACGAGACUUGGGCAUCGGGACCACCAGACAAUUCGACGCUCGUCGAAAUUUCAACGUUAGACCACGACACUUCCAAUUAUUUCUUUUAUAGGGUGGUAGAAUCCAGCGGCUGGGGCUGGGAGCAUUUUGCUGUACGCACACAUGGGACCGUCGGUCAAUUGUACGCCAACAGGACCCUUGAUUACGAGGACCCGGCUCACAGGCGAGGGUUUCGCUUCAUGGUUCAAGUGACUGAUAGAGGACGAGGCGGAUGGUCCGAUUCACGUCACACUGACACCGCCUGGGUGGCAGUACAACUUCUCGACCUGAACGACAACCCUCCAGAAUUUCGUCGGCCCCAUGUCCACAUCACUGUCCGUGAAGACACUCCUCCCGGAACGCUGCUCGCAACCCUUCCAGCCAGAGAUCCCGAUAUGAGUGGUCAGCAGAGGAUCAAAUAUCACGUGAGAGCCUCCUGGGGCGCCCUGACUGUAGACAACGGUGGCGGCGUGCGACUGUGGCGCGCACUGGAUCGCGAGGCUCCCGGCGGAGAGAAAGCCAUCGCCAAAGUCAUCGGCGUCGACGAAGGGACGCCUCCACUGUCAUCAACGGCGACCUUGACGGUCACCGUCACCGACGUGAACGACUGCCCGCCCAGACUGCUUCCUCCCACCGUCUUGCACGUGAAGGAAGGGGCCUCCUCCUCCAAGCUGGGGAUGCUGACGGCCACCGACGACGACGUCUGGGCUCUCGGUCACGGACCCCCUUUCAACCUCUCUCUGGCCCCUACCAACCCGGUGCACGUCCUGCAGUUGCUCGCUCUCAAGUAUGAUCCCACUGUCGAUAGCGGCCGCGGCGGAGCAGAAAUAUGGACCUUGGGCCCCAUAGACCGUGAGGAAUACCCUCAACUGACGGCGGAGAUUAUUCUGUCGGAUGCGGGUGGCCUCUCCACCACGCAGCCCGUGACUAUCAUCGUUGAUGACAUCAACGACAACCCAAUGAAGCCUGCAGCCAAGACCAUAUACUUGUGGAAGACUCAGGGGGGAGGCGUGGAUACCGACAUUGGCCGCGUUUAUGUGAAGGAUCCCGACGACUGGGACUUGGAAGACAAAACGUUCUCCUGGGCCGGGUCGCCGCAUCCGCUCUUCUCUCUCAACACUGAGACGGGCACAAUCUACGCUUCGACGCACGUCAGGGAAGGAAGGUACGAACUCUACUUCACCGUAUCCGACCGAGUUUGGCGGCAGUAUGACGUCAAUGCCAACGUCACCGUCGCUGUGAGGUACCUCUCGCCCGAGGCUCUCGCACACGCCGUUCCUAUCACCCUCAUCCCGACGACGCCAGCCAGGGUCACGUCUGGGUGGACGCCGAUGCGUGGCGGUGGGGGGCUGGCUCUCGCGGAGACGGUGACGAAGAUCGUCCAGCAAGACCCGAAGAACGUCGAAAUCGUCAGCGUCUACGGACCUCCUUCUGCUGAAGUGGCCCAUGCCGUGUCCCACCCGGAGGAUCCCUUUCCACAUUACCGAGCUCUGCCACAUACACUGAAGGAGCCCUUCGCUUGUGUCUGGGUCAGCGUCAGUAAGAAGGGCGGAGGGUAUAUCGACCCCAUCAAACUGCAAGGGCUCCUGGCCCUUCAUAUUCAGCAGCUCGAGGACGUUAUGAAGGUGAGGGUGCUUCUGGAGGAGCCCUCGAGAAGCUACGGAUCUGCGAGCAGCGGCGACGAGGGCCUCCCUCCUGAUUUCCCUGGAGUGUCUGACCCUUCGUCCAUAGCAUCCAUGGCGUCUACGUCUCUCCGCCUUCAGGUGGUCGAUACGAAUAGCACUUCUCUUGUGACGCCUAAAUUGAGCCGAGCUCCAGACUGUAGGUCCCAUAUUCGAGAUGCUGAUGACGCCUGCACACCUUCUUCGUGUCUGAAUGGUGGGAAGUGUGUCAGAACAGAUAUAGGAAACAGAUGUAUAUGUCCUGGCGGCUCUUGGGGUAGAAGAUGCAAGAUAUUGAGCAGAACUUUCACGGGAAGUGGGUGGGCAUGGGUAAGGCCCCUGACUCCCUGUUUGCCCACGACUAUCUCUCUACGACUUCUGACGAAAAAUUUGGAUGCCCUUCUUCUUUACUCUGGGCCAUUGGCAUCCACUUCACCUCGGCCUCGCCAGCCAUCUGCUGCUUUGAUAGUUUUACAGUUAGUUCAAGGAAGACCUCAAGUCCUUUUGGAGGGAGCCAGAGGACCGCUCAAAUUAGAAGUCGAUGUCCAGUUAAAUACUGGAAGUUGGCACGUCAUACAUCUACACCUCAAUGCACAGGGAGUGACCCUGAUGGUAGAUCGCUGUAGCCAUCAAAGGGCAUUGAAUGUUACAAGCGUAGAACACUGUCUGGCACGGGCAGCAUGGCAAGAGCCCCACACCAGUGAAGGAUGGAUCAGCAGUGUCCCUUUGCAAGUUGGAGGCUUAGCGCACCCAUACCCACAUCCACACUUGUAUGGUUGGUCGUCCGGGCCAGUUCAUCAGGGGUUAGAUGGGUGCAUUUCCCAUCUGAAGAUAAACUCUCAGCUCAUCGACCUCGGAGAACCAGCCUUUAGCAGCGGAAGCUCAGCUAGAUGUAGUAUUCAAGACUUGGCAUGCAAGGAAGGGUGCGGACUAAAAGGUCAGUGUACAGGUGGCCUUAAGGAACCUCUGUGCUCUUGUGAUCCUGGGUGGGUGGGGCCCCGGUGCAACACUUCCACCAUUCCCAUGACACUGAACCACAGUUCCUUCUCGAAAUUGACCCUUUCCUUCAGUCCCGGACCCUUUGCUCUCGAAACCCAACUGCGAGUGAGAACGCAAGGACGGUCUAAUGGACUCAUCUUACAAUUAUCGUCUCAGUCGCAACUUUCGUCGCUAUCCUUACGGCUUCGGGGAGGAGUUGCUUGUGCCACCAUAUCUGGCCCGCCAGAAAUUAAUCAGGAAGUGUGCGUGGAAGAUUACUUCCUGGGAGACGGCUUUUGGCACACGUUGUACGUCGCUCGCCAGGGCUACGAUCUCGCCAUUUCGGUGGACGAUGGUGAUGAAUGGCGGCAUAAUGACACCCUUACUUCCUUCCUGACCACCUUACGGCCGGAGGGGAUGCUAGGAACAGAGACAGAGCCACCAGUGCCUUUCAAUGUAGACAUGGAGGAGAAUGUGUCUAUUGGGGGAGUGCCCAAAUAUUCAGACCAAAAUUUAGUGUCUGUACAGCAUGAUCUCACGGACAGCUGCAUUGACGAUGUACGCAUAUCAGGACAUCACAUUCCUCUACCACCAAACGGGAACAGUACUGAAUGGGGUCAGGUUACCACUUACCAACAUGUAGAGGCAGGAUGCAAAUCUCCCGAUCUUUGUGUUAAUACUUCUUGUCUACCGCCUCUUGCGUGCCAUCAGACAUGGAGACACACCACCUGCAGCUGUGGACCUGGUAAACAUCUUGUGGCGGGGAUAUGUCAUGAUGUAGACGAGUGCACCUAUCAACCUUGUCUACACGGGGGUACCUGUACCAAUUUAUAUCCGGGGUAUCAGUGUUCCUGUGCCACGGGAACAAUCGGUUAUAACUGUGAAUGGCACCAGUUACCGUCGCAUACGCAGCACCUCACCCCCCCCAUGGCUAUAGCGGCGCUGACCCUCUCACUUCUGGUUUUGGUUCUAAUGGGCGUGCUGCUAACUAUUUGGAUUCAUCGGUCGAGAACUGGGCGUGGUGCAGGGAUGAGAACGACAGGCGUCGAAAGCGAGACGGAUGUCGGGAGCGUCAUGGGCGUGAUUGAGACGCCGCUGUCGACGCAAGACGCGCCCAGCAUAACCUCAAAAGACGAGAUGACGCUUCUGGAGUCUCUGAAGAUGCGACUGCCGACCAAAACCAUUUCAACUGAAGGCAUCAAACAGCCCAUUCCGUCAGUGUCGUCGGCUACGCUUUCAGAAGGAUCCAUGAAAGACCUGAGCGUCAUCCAUCCGGUUAUGACAACCAUCUCGUCAAUGCCGCGGAGAAUCCCCUCGACGGAAAGCGUCCUUGCAUCGAAGGCCAAGUCGUUAACGGGCGGCUCGACGACUUCGCUCUCUUCCACAAAGUGUCCUCAAGUAGUUGUGUUUUCGGCGAUGCCCGCCACCCAGCAGCCUCUUCUAGCUCAGGACGACCUCAGAGCUUAUGCUUACGAGGGCGAUGGGUCACCCUCAGGUUCUCUCACUUCCACUGUGUUAGGUUUACGGAGAGAAUCUCUAGAGGAAAACGUAGUCAGACCUUUGAUGCCUGAAUACGGAGAAGUGUUGGAUCUCUUAAAAACUUUACCAGACGCGGUGGGAUCUCCCAGGGCGCCGGCAGAAGCUCAUUCGCGCAGCACGGGAGGCGAUAAAGGCUGCCUGAAAAACAGAGCGGCAACAGUAACGCCUCUUGGAUCGAGUGAAAAAAGUGACUCUAUUUCAAGGACAGGUGUUCAGUGUGGCAUUGGUUGCAGUGUCGUUGUUGGAGACAGAUCGACAUUCGGAACUUUGCCCCACAGUGUCAGACGAGUGUCAAUGGAAAGGAAGUCCUCUAUAAGCGAGUUCUCCACAAUGUGCUGACGACGUUGUUUUCUUCAUCAAUAAUUAUCUUUUGUAAUUUAGCGUGGUUUUUCAAUUUUUAAUUUUUCAGUGUUUAAGAAUUUUGGAGUGAUGUCCGAGUUUCUGCACAAAAUCCGAGUCUAUUUUCUCAUAGACCGAGACAAAAAUACAAAAUGUUUUCAGUUUUUCUCGAAACGUAACAAGAAAUAAUGUUAAUGUUGCCUACCAUAUCAUUUCAUCAGUUUACUGCACUGAUUUUAUGCUCACUUACCUUAUAAUACGUUUUCAGUUUAUGAAGAGAGAUUCGCCAACUUGCUCGUUAAUUAAGCCUCGUGGAAUAUGAGAACUGCGCUGCAUUCUUCGUUGGCAUCUGUAAAUAUGUAAAAUUUAAGUUUAUAAAGCGUAUAACAAAGAAUAAUACAACAUGUAAACGAAGAUUACUUCACACUUGAAUGUCUGUUGUAUAUAUAUAGAACUUUAAAUAACUUGAAUAGUUACGGAGGAAAACUAUAUAUUUUGUCACAGUUAAGAAUAUAGAAAUAAAUAAUGUUUAUACACCUUUUUAAUGAUAAGCGAGUGACAAUAGAUUCCCACAAGGAUGAACAAAUUACUUUAUUAUGAUUAUAUUCGUAUUAUUGUUGAUUGAAUGGUUUAUACGUUUAUAUGUUACAAAAAAUAAAUGUUAC